AUGGACGAGUCUUAUAGCUGGUGGAUGCGCUGGUGCAACGAGUCGCACCCUUGUAAGUCCGUUAGAGAGAUUAAAAAGCAAGUCCAGCCGGCUUCUGCUGAUGGCAAAAAGACGUAUCCGGGCGUGUGGAAAGGCUUGUCUCGCAUAUGGCAGGAAGAAGGAUUCUAUGGUUUCAUGCGUGGCAAUGGAUUGAAUUGUCUGCGCAUUGCUCCAUACAGUGCGGUUCAAUUUGCAACGUACGAGUCGAUGAAGCGCGCCCUUCUUCGAUUCUCCAGCUUCCGACAACAGCACUUGGGUUUUUCCGAUAAGGCCUCUUCAUCUCACUCUACAGAAUUACAUACCUUUGAACGCCUUGUCGCUGGUGCUGUUGCUGGCUUUACGAGUGUCGUAUCAACGUACCCACUGGAUCUUGUGCGUGCGCGCAUUUCCAUCGCCUCAGCGUCCAUGUAUACAACAGCUGGGACUAGUACUACUGUGCUUCCGCGUGUUCCUGGCGUUUGGGAGACCACAAUGAAAGUAUAUCGUGACGAAGGUGGAUUUCGUGGUUUGUACCGAGGGUGUAUCGCCACGAGUCUUGGCGUGGCGCCCUAUGUCGCAUUCAACUUUGUAUUUUAUGAAAGCGCGCGCUCAUUCUUGACAAAGUCGGAUGGCACACCACCUGGUCCUUUCACAAAACUGUGUAUCGGUGCAUUUGCUGGCGCCGUGAGCCAGACACUGACAUACCCCGUCGAUGUAGUUCGUCGUCGCAUGCAAGUAUCUGGCAUGAAAAACUCUAGCUUGGGUGUGCAAGACAAAGGUGGUCUCGACUCUCUUCGAAACAUGGUCGCUGCUAAUGGCAUUCGCGGACUAUAUCACGGUCUUUUUCCCAACCUCCUCAAGGUGGCACCAUCGACUGGCGCCUACUUCCUCACAUACGAGCUUGUUGUUAGUCUUUUCUCCAAUAUGUGGACUUGA